UUUUUUUUUUUUUUUUUUUUUUUAAUGACUGAUAUUGAUGUAUGGUAAUUUCCUGCUUGAGGAAAAAGGGUGGGGUGGGUGUGUGGGGUGAUCACAUGACACGAUUACCUCAAGAAUCGAUCAAGAUGUAUAGCGAGCCGGCGUGCGCCUUUUCCUCCCCUUUACGCGCGUCUUCCGUGCGCCAGAUGGCCAAAGUUUAACACCGAAGGAGCUUCUCCUCCUCCGCCUCCUCCUCCUCCUCCUCCUUCCAAGGAGGAACCCGGGAGCAGACAUGACGGACUACGACGAGCGCGCGUCCAACAUGUACCUGCCGAGCUGCACUUACUACGUCUCCACGCCCGACUUCACGUCCGUCUCCUCCUUUUUGCCGCAGAGCGCCUCCUGCCAGGUGAACUUCCCCUACUCGGCCAACCUCGGCCACCACCAGCCGGUGCGGGAGGUCUCCUUCAGGGACUACGGACUGGAGCACCCCAGCAAAUGGCACUACCGGAACAACUACGCGUCCUACUACUCCUCCGAGGAGAUCAUGCACCGGGACUUGAUCCAGUCCUCCUUCAAAAACGAGCCGCUGUACGGCGGACCCCACGCCGGCGCCGGCUCGCCGUGCAGCCUCUUCGCCGGGGCCGGGCGCAACGGCGUCCUGCCGCAGGGCUUCGACCAGUUCUUCGACGCGGACAAAGGCGCGCCGGAGCAGCCCCGGCAGAAGGGCGACGACCCCGGCAAAGUGGAGCAGGACGCCGGGGACGCGGCGGCGGCGGCGGCGGCGGCUACGGUAGCCAGCGUGGACGAGGACUCGUCCUCCAACUGUGGCGACAAGAGCAGCCAGCAGACCUCGUCCAGCAAGUCAAGAAAGAAGAGGUGUCCAUACUCCAAGUACCAGAUCCGAGAACUUGAACGAGAGUUUUUCUUCAACGUCUACAUCAACAAAGAGAAACGUCUACAGCUUUCCAGGAUGCUCAACCUGUCAGACCGCCAGGUGAAGAUUUGGUUCCAGAACAGAAGAAUGAAGGAGAAGAAGCUCAACCGUGACCGCCUACAGUAUUUUACUGGCAAUCCUCUAUUCUGA